AUGGAUAAAGGGUUAAAGAGAGCAGCUGAAUCAGGAAACAUUGAUGCCUUAUAUGCAUUAAUCCGUGACGAUGGCAAUGUUUUCAAGCAUAUAGAUGAAAUGGAGUUCAUCGAUACGCCCUUACACAUUGCUGCGGUUUCAGGGAAGAAUGCUUUGGCAAUGGAGAUGAUGAACUUGAAGCCAUCAUUUGCUAGGGAACUGAACCAGGAUUGGUUUUCUCCGAUUCAUCUAGCCUUGCUUAACCAACAAACUGAAAUGGUGAUUGAUUUUUUAUCGGUUGAUAAAGAUCUUAUUCGUUUUAAAGGAAAGGUGGGUUUCACUGUUCUUCAUCAGGCUGCUUUGGAUGAAAAUUAUGUUCAUCUCUUGCCUCGGUUUUUGAAUAUUUGUCCCCAUUGUAUCUUUGAUUUGACCGUUGAGAGACGAACUGCUUUGCAUGUUGCUGCAGAGAACAACAAAUUUAAAGCUUUUAAGGCGAUGUUGGAAUGA